ACUCAAGCAAAAGCCUCCCCCUCCAAUUCAAUUUCCUCUCUCUCCAUCUCUCUCCUCCAAUCGCUGCCUCGCUCACGCACGCGCGCUCUACCUACCUGAGGGCGAGGCUGGUGCCGAUGGCAAUGGAGGCUGCGGCGGAGAGGAGCGCCGGAGCAGGGGCGGCGGCGACGGCGGCGCCGGAGAGCGGUGGCGGUGGUGCAGGGGAGAGGCGGUCGCGGUUCAGGCGGAUCUGCGUGUACUGCGGCAGCGCCAAGGGGAGGAAGGCCAGCUACCAGGACGCCGCCGUCGAGCUCGGCAAGGAACUGGUCGAGAGGGGCAUAGACCUGGUCUACGGCGGUGGCUCCAUCGGCCUCAUGGGCCUCGUCUCCCACGCUGUUCACGACGGUGGUCGCCAUGUCAUUGGGGUCAUCCCGAAAUCCUUGAUGCCCAGAGAGGUCACUGGUGAGCCUGUUGGUGAAGUUAGAGCGGUCUCUGGCAUGCACGAGAGGAAGGCUGAAAUGGCCCGGUUUGCUGAUGCGUUCAUUGCACUGCCUGGCGGCUACGGGACUCUUGAGGAGUUGCUUGAGGUCAUCACCUGGGCCCAACUAGGAAUCCACAAGAAGCCGGUUGGCCUUCUGAAUGUCGACGGGUUUUAUGAUCCUUUUCUAUCCUUCAUUGACAUGGCUGUCAGCGAAGGAUUCAUAGCGGAGGAUGCGCGGCGCAUUAUCAUCUCGGCUCCAACUGCCAGGGAGCUAGUUCUGAAGCUUGAGGAGUAUGUUCCCGAGUACGAGGUCGGCUUGGUUUGGGACGAUCAGAUGCCGCACAGCUUCGCGCCUGACCUCGAGACCAGGAUCACCUCAUCCUGAUCUCUCGGCUCUGGCCCUAUUCUUACCCAAGCUUCUAACCGGCGGACGACGAUACCUUCUUCUCGUGCCGAAGCCGAAUAUGAUCCUGGAGGAAGUUUGUUUUUCUCAGCCAGGGGAAAGUAACAUCCACUAACCGAAAAGAUUUAGCCAAAGGCGGCCCCUAGCUCGGGUCUGCCGAUUUGUUGUUUUGGCAAAAUAUGUCAAUUGGGACAGUAUUUAGCAUUAGCAGUGCCUCCUCAAUGCUGUUCUUUUGGCCCCCCUCCCUCCUCACUAGCUAGAAGAAGGAAUAUAUGUAUAUGCAAGUAAUAUUAGUAGCAUCUGUCUAUCUUGAUCUUCUCCA